UUACGUGCCCGAAUAUGCUCCGAUGCUAAUGGCCCGCCUGUAGUCUGUUGUCUGUUCGUUAUCUGCUCCUUAUGCCGUAGACCGUAGUAUUUCAUGUUUAUUGUUUAAUAAUUGUCAAUUGAUUCCAAACAAAGUUUGAACAUGGAAAGUAAAGUGUGUAAAGUUGUUAACACUAAGAGAAUCCACAGUGACGACGAUGACGACAAUAUAAAUUCAAAACAAACAAAAAGACACAAUAGUCGAGACCGUCAAUCAACGAAAGAUAAAUCUGACAAAGGCGGUAGUCGUAAUUAUGAAGAGUUGAAAGUCGGUGAUCCAUACUAUUCGGGUGGAACUGCUACUGAUAACCGUAAAGGUGGAGAUCGGUAUAAGGAUGAAUCUAGACAUAGAAGACGUCAUAGGAGUAGAGAUCGUCAAGAAAAAGAAAACAGAUCUAGAGACGCAGACAGCAAAAAAGAGGAAAAAAUUGGAGCUCCAUACUAUUCAGGUGGAAUAGCAGGGAUUGAUGAACGCGAGAGCGGUGAAGAAACAAGCAAUGAUGAAGAUGAUAAAAUUGGACAACGGUACUAUUCCACAGAAACGGCGGAUACUCAAAGAAAGAAUAGUGAAAACUAUUGGAACAAAUAUGCAAAAAAAGAUAAAAGGCCAAACGAUGACGUAAACGAUGUGCCAUUACAUCAGAAAAAAACCGUGGAACUACUUACAUCCAAAACUGGAGGUGCCUAUAUCCCACCUGCCAAAUUGAGAAUGAUGCAGGAAAGCAUCACAGAUAAGUCAAGUGCUGCAUAUCAAAGAAUUGCCUGGGAGGCAUUGAAGAAGUCAAUACACGGUUUAACCAACAAGAUUAAUGUAGACAAUAUAGGAAAAGUUACUAGAGACUUACUACGAGAAAAUAUUGUUCGGGGUAGAGGCUUACUUUGCCGGUCCAUUAUGCAAGCUCAAUUAGCUUCAACAACAUAUACCCACGUGUAUGCUGCUUUAGUAGCCAUCAUAAACACAAAAUUUCCAAACAUAGGAGAAUUACUGUUAACAAGGUGUAUUGUACAAUUUAAAAGAGCAUAUCGUAGAAAUGAAAAAUCUCAAUGUUUAGGAUCAGUAACAUUUAUUGCUCAUUUGAUUAAUCAGAGUGUUGCACAUGAAAUAUUAGCUUUAGAGUUAUUAACUCUAUUUGUAGAGACACCUACUGAAGAUUCAAUAGAAGUAGCUGUAGCAUUUUUGAAAGAAUGUGGGCAAAAAAUGAGCCAAGUCUCUAAAAAAGGAAUGAACGCCAUUUUUGACAUGCUUCGGAAUAUAUUACAUGAUGGGCAACUUGAUAAAAGGGUUCAAUACAUGAUCGAAGUCAUGUUUCAAAUCCGCAAAGAUGGUUUCAAAGAUCAUCCAGCUGUAAUUGAACAACUUGAUUUAGUCCCAGAAGAGGAUCAAUUUACCCACUUACUAACUUUAGACUCUGCUAAGGAUACACAAGACAUUCUCAAUGUAUAUAAAUUUGAUACGGACUUUGAAAGUAAUGAAGAACGUUAUAAAUCAUUAAGAGCCGAAAUAUUAGGUUCGGACAAUGAAGAUGACAGUGCUUCAGAAAAUGAGGGUGAUGAUGAUGAUGAUGAUGAUGACGACGAUGAUGAUGAUGAAGAUAACGGUGAAGAGAAAGAAGGAGAAGGUAAAGUUAUCAUUGAUAAUACAGAAACUAACAUGAUAUCUUUAAGAAAAACAAUUUACUUAACGAUACACUCCUCAUUGGAUUAUGAGGAAUGUGCUCAUAAACUGAUGAAAAUGCAGCUUAAGCCGGGCCAAGAGAUUGAAAUGUGUCACAUGUUUCUUGAUUGUUGUGGUGAACAAAGAACAUACGAAAAGUUUUUUGGCCUUUUAGCACAAAGAUUUUGCCAAAUAAACAAUGUGUUUAUUGAGCCAUUAGAAAAAAUAUUUAUUGACAGUUAUGCAACUGUUCACCGUUUAGAGACAAAUAAAUUACGAAAUGUAGCAAGAUUUUUUGCGCAUUUAUUGUUUACUGACUCUAUUUCAUGGGCAGUUUUGUCGACAAUACAUCUUAAUGAAGAGGAAACCACUUCUUCUAGUAGAAUUUACAUUAAAAUUCUUUUCCAAGAAUUAGCAGAACACAUGGGACUUAAUAAAUUGAAUGCUCGAGUUCAGAAUCCCGAAUUAAAACUAGCUUUUGAAGGGAUUUUCCCUAAAGACAACCCUAAAAAUACUAGGUUUUCUAUCAAUUUUUUCACCUCUAUUGGUUUGGGAGGCUUAACUGAUGAAUUGAGAGACUUUUUAAAAGUCCAACCAAAACAAGUUCCUGAUAUAGCUAAAAUCAUUGAACAGCUAUCAGAAUCAUCAGAUAGUGACAGUGAUGGUAGUUCAAGUAGUAGCAGUAGUAGUAGCGGCAGCAGCAGUAGUAGCAGCAGCAGCAGUAGUGGUUCCAGCAAUAGCAGCAGCAGCAGCAGCAGCAGCAGUAGUAACAAUAGUUCAAGCAAUAAAAGAAAUAAAAAAAGAAAAGAUCUUGACAAAUCUAAACAAAAUGCAGAAAGAAAAGAAAAUGAAAAACCUAAAAAAAACGAGAAAAGAAAUGAAAUUGAUAAACCUAAAAGAUAUGAAGAAAGAAAGGGCAAUGAUAUGCCUAGACAAAAAGAAGACAGAAAUGAAAAUGAUAAUUGGAGAAGAAAUGAAGAUAAAAGAGAUAAUGAUAAAUCAAGAAAAUAUGAAGAAAGGAACGAUAAAACAAGAAGAUAUGAAGAAAGAAAGGAAAAUAAUGAUAAACCUAAAAGAUAUGAGGAAAGAAGAGAUAAUGAUAUGGCAAGACGAAAUGAAGAUAGAAAUCUUAAUGACCGAUCUAGAAGAAAUGAAGAUAGAAAUGAAAAUGAUAUAUCAAGGAAAAAUGAAGAAAGAAAGGAAAAUUACAGACCUAGAAAAAAUGAGGAAAGAAAAGAAAAUGAUAGACCAAGAAGAAAUGAGGAGAGAAAGGAAAAUGAUAGACAUAGUAGAAAUGAAAUUGACAAAUCUAAAAGAAAUGAAUAUGAAAAAUCUCGAAGAAAUGUAGAAAGGAGGGAAAAUGAUAGAUCUACAAGGAGAAAUGAGGAAGGGAAAGAAAAUGAUAGAAAACGCUAAAUUAUAUGGUUUAAUUUUAUAUUAUUUUAAUUUUUAAUUAUCUACAUACAUAUUAUAUAAGUAAAGCAUUCAAUGUCAAUAUUUUUUUUGUUACAACAAAAAUAAAUGAUAAAUUGAUUUUAUUA